UGGUUCAACACGCGUCGCGCAAUGAUCAAAUCGUUCGUUCUAUUCGCCUUCCUGGCGACCUUGACCCUUUGCCGAGUUCACGGUGUACCUAUGACUGCCCUUCAAGGUGACACCGGAUGGAUGGAAAUGUCCAGGUUCUGGAUAAGGCUGCCUAAUUUGGACUAUCGGAAGGAGGUCGUUGUAAGCGAGGCGAGCAUCGGAGGUUCCAAGAUCGCCGGUGGUACAAUUGCCGAGAAGCAACAGUUUCCGUAUCAAGCAGCGAUUUUGAUCAACUUUCUGGAUGGUUCUGGUGUUCUAUGUGGAGGAGCGAUCAUUUCUUCGACUUAUGUGUUGACUGCUGCCCAUUGCUCAGAUGGAGCGAUCGACGCCACGGUCAUUGUGGGAACCAAUGUAAUCAGUAUUCCAAGCGAUGAUCAAGCCGUGGAGAUCAAAGUUACCUUUCACGAUAUAUUGGUGCAUCCGUUGUACGAUCCGGUAGAAGUUGUGAACGACAUCGCCAUUGUACGAUUGACUAAAGCGCUUGCGUUUUCCAAUAAAAUUCAGCCGAUUCGUCUCCCCAACAAAAAAGAAGCUCUACUGGAUCUAGCGAAUACUGAUGCUACCGUUUCUGGAUGGGGAGCUUUGAGUGGGGAAGAGUAUGUCGAGAUCACAGGCAGCGUAAAACUAGAACUACGAUACACUAAUAAUCCUGUGAUAUCCAACGACGUUUGUGGCAAGGUGUUCCAAGACAUGAUUCGACAUUUCCACGUUUGUGUCUCCGGAGAUAAAGGUCGAAAUGCUUGUCAAGGAGAUUCGGGAGGCCCUUUGAGAGCCAAUCUGAAUGGAAAGACUACUCUGAUUGGAAUCGUCUCUUAUGGUUCCGUAGAUGGUUGCGAGAAGGGAUCGCCUGCAGUCUAUACGCGAGUUGGGUCUUAUCUCGAAUGGAUAACACAGCACACCAAUGUUCCGAUAGAAAAUCCCUUAGUUAUAUUCAGCAAAAUCCGAUUGCACGGUGGCAUAAUCGGUUACGAUAGAGAUUCCACAAUGCGUAAGCUCGUGACACUGACGGUGCUUCUGGCUUUGGGUAGCCUGAGUACUGCCUACAGCGUUCCAAGUGCCAGGAUUAUUAAGUUGCCAAUUGCACAAGAACUUCCUAACAUCGAAUCAUUGGUCAAAGAAUCCAGUCAGAGAAUUACGGGCGGUGAGGUGGUGCUGCCAACUGAUAUCCCAUAUGCUGCCGGAGUCAUCGUACAAGGACCAAUCGGUACGCGAUGGUGUGGUGGAACCCUGGUUUCCGUAAACUUCGUCGUGACAACGGCAAGUUGUCUGAUCCUUGAACCAGUUCCGAUUACUGUAGCUCUGGGCGCUUCGAAUAUGAGCAAUAUUGCUGAUCCUGUAAUGGUUGCUGAAGUGCGCGUUCACGCGGGCUACGAUGCGGAAGCAUGGCAAAAUGAUAUUGCUCUGUUGCGUUUGCAGAGACCCACUACCGUCAGUGCAACCAUCCGACCGGUUCGUCUGCCCAACAUGCGUCAACUGCAGUCUCCUUUCCUCAACCAACUGGCAACUGCAUCCGGAUGGGGUGCCCUGUUCCAAAACGCUCCGGAGGUUCUUCCACUGAAUGAUCUGCGCCGGGUAAGUUUGCCGGUCAUCUCCAAUCUCAACUGCGCCGUCCGAUUCCCGGGAUGGAUUACCGAGAAUCAAAUCUGCGUCGCAACCGACAUGGGUUCACCGUGCCACGGUGACCAGGGAGGUCCCCUGACGGUGGCUGAUCCCGAUGGCAGGACUACGCUGAUAGGACUUUUCGCCUACAACUCCAUCUUGGGAUGCAACUCCGGGUGGCCGGCAGUUUUCACUCGAGUUACUCCGUACUUGCUCUGGAUUGCGGAGAACUCGGAUGUCAUCAUUUCGCUCGAUUUCGAGUACUGAAAUGGUGUUAUUUGUUAAUUUUGGGUUGAAACUAGCUGUUUGAAUUGAUAAGAGUGAUAUGUGUAAAAGAACAGAAAAAAAAAAUCCAG